UUUGAAGUUGAUGAAGAUGGUUUCUUCAACUGAAACAUUUUCCAUCGCUUUGUUGAGUGUUUUUCUCUUCCUCUUCCCAUCAGGAUUAUAUGCAAGGACUUUGACCAUCACCAACAGGUGCACCUACACAGUGUGGCCGGCAGUUUUAUCCGCCGCCGGAAGCUCGCCGCUCCCCCCAACCGGCUUCGCCCUCCUACCAGGUGACUCCAACACUCUCUCUGUUCCUCCCGCUUGGUCCGGCCGAUUGUGGGGUCGUACCCUUUGCUCCGUCGACAUCACCGGCAAGUUCUCAUGCGUCACCGGUGACUGUGGCACGUCAACGAUAGAAUGCGCCGGCGCGAAUCCCGCCCCACCAGUUACUCUGGUGGAGUUUGAUUUUAACGGGACCGGCCUGACAAACUUAUACUACAUCAGCCUCGUCGAAGGUUUCAACCUUCCGGUGAGGGUGACUCCCAGGGAUGGAAACUGUUCAGCGACGGGUUGCUCAGUGGACUUGAACGCGAUGUGUCCAAUGGAGCUUACUGUGAUUAGGGAUGGAGAGGCCGUGGCUUGUAAGAGCACGUGCCAAACUGAACCAUGCUCUAGUUCACUGCUUUUCAAGACAGCAUGUUCUGGGGCUCGUGUCUAUGCUCACGAUCAUGGCUUCUUCUCUUGUUCAUCUCCUCAUUAUACACUCACUUUCUGUCCCACUUCCAAGAGUUGGAGGAAGGCAGAGAACGAAAAAGACCCUCCAGGGAAAAACGCAGUAAAAUACACAGGCGUGUUGGCUGUUAUUAGCGUUAUUUGUGGCUUCAUAAUAUUCCGAAUAAGGUUACGUUUAUCAAACAGAGAUUGGGAAAUCAGCUUGAGCGCAGGAACUACAAAUGACACUGGGCAAUGUUAA